AUGGCUUUGAAUUUGUCGUUUGACAAGUCUAAGGAUUCCAAUAAUGCCCUGCAGCUUGCCAACAACUUAAAAGUUGCCUUGGCUCAAAAACUAGCUGACUCUAAGCUCAAAUUGUCUAUCAACACCGAGAUUACUGUUCCAGAACUAAGUGUCGUGGGCUCUGAAUUCCGCUUGUUCAACACCAACGCUAUCCUCAGAUAUGUGUUAAAUGAUUUCGAAGGUCUUGAAUCUUCCGAAACGCAUUUUGCAAUUUCUUCCCUGGAAGCGUUGUUGUACCAUCCUACUGCUCCCAAAGAGCACAUCGAGGAGACUGUGACCAAGGCGUUGGAAAACUAUUUGACAGGUUUUACUGUCGAACCUCUCAGCGCGACCAAACUUAUAAUUUUUACCAAUGCUUAUGCUCUGAGCCCCGCUCUGGUGGAGGCGCAAUUGAAAGAAGUGCCUGAAACUGUUAAAGCUGCCAUCUCUGUCGCCAAAUCGUGCACUCCCCGUUCUUCUUCGAAUGCCAAACAUACCGGAGCCGUGAAAAUCGACACCGACUUUGCCGUGAAAGAGCACGCUGCUGAAAUUUUGCCCAAAGACGGCGAGCGCAACGUCUUGAUCACUUCUGCGCUGCCCUACGUGAACAACGUUCCCCACUUGGGUAACAUUGUUGGAAGUGUGUUGUCCGCAGACAUCUAUGCUCGGUACUGCGAGGCUAGAAACUACAACACUUUGUUCAUCUGCGGUACUGACGAAUACGGUACUGCUACUGAGACUAAGGCUCUAGAAGAAAAGUGUACUCCACGCGAGCUUUGCGACAAAUACCAUGCCAUCCACAAGGAAGUCUACGACUGGUUUCAAAUUGGGUUCCAUCAUUUCGGAAGGACCACUACAAACCAGCAAACUGAAAUCGCUCAGGAUAUUUUCAACAAAUUGAACCAAAAUGAACUUCUAGAGGAGCACUCCAUGAAGCAGCUGUAUUGUGAAGUACACAAAGCUUAUUUGGCCGAUAGAUAUGUUGAAGGUAUCUGCCCCAAGUGCGGUUACGAAGAUGCCCGUGGUGAUCAGUGUGAUAAAUGUGGUGCCCUUCUAGAUCCUUUCGAAUUGCUUGAACCCCGUUGUAAGUUGGAUGGUAGCACACCAGUGCCUCGUUUCUCGGACCACAUUUUCCUCUCCUUGGACAAACUAGAGCCAAAAAUCAAAGCUUGGGUGGAGAAGUCUUCUAGAGAAGGUGGAUGGAGCAAAAACUCGAAAACGAUUACCAACUCUUGGUUGAAAGAGGGCCUUCAACCCCGCUGUAUCACUAGAGAUCUAGUGUGGGGUACCCAGGUACCCAUGGAAAAAUACAAAGAAAAGGUCUUGUACGUGUGGUUUGACGCUCCUAUCGGGUACGUUUCGAUCACUGCCAACUACACAGAAAGCUGGGAGAAAUGGUGGAAGAAUCCCGAAAACGUCAAUCUAUACCAAUUUAUGGGUAAAGACAACGUUCCUUUCCACACUGUUAUUUUCCCAGGCUCGCAAUUGGGUACUGGUGAGAACUGGACUAUGCUUCACCACUUAAGUACCACUGAGUACUUGCAAUACGAAGGCGGUAAGUUCUCCAAGAGUAGAGGCGUGGGUGUUUUCGGUAACAAUGCCAAAGCCACUGGCGUUUCCCCAAGUGUGUGGAGAUAUUACUUGGCCUCCAUCAGACCAGAAUCCAGCGACUCGCAUUUCUCGUGGAACGACUUUGUUGCAAGAAACAACAGUGAACUUCUCGCCAACUUGGGUAACUUUGUAAACAGAUUGGUCAAGUUCGUCAACGCCAAAUACAACGGUGUCGUCCCUGAAUACACUACUAGCCAUUUGAGUGACUAUGAGUCUUUGCAACAAGACAUCAACAUAACUUUAACCAGUUACGUUAGCGAAAUGGAACAAACCCACGAAAGACGUGGUCUGGAAUUGGCCAUGGCCUUAAGUGCCCGCGGUAAUUUGUUUUUGCAAGAAAACAAGCUUGACAAUACCUUGUUCACUGAUUCGCCAGACAAAUCUGACGCCGUCGUUGGUGUUGGUCUCAAUAUCGUUUACACUGUUGCGUCUAUCAUUUACCCAUUCAUGCCUGAAACUGCUGAGGGUAUCUACAGGAUGUUGAACGCACCUGCCCUGCGUAUCAAUGAGACCUUCCACCUAAGCAUCCAUAGCGGACACAACAUCAACAAGGCCGAAUACCUGUUCAAACGUAUAGACGAAAAACAGAUUGAAGAGUGGAGAGGCAUGUACGGUGGCCAGCAGAAAUAA